AUGAAGACCGCUCAAGUCCUCCAGAGGAUGUGGAUCCAGGCUGUUAAAAAGUUGGGGAGAUUGAAAGGCCAUGUGAGUCCCCCUACAUGCUCUCCCCCUUUCUUUCCCAACAUUUCUUUGUGGGAAGGGAGGGGGAACAAACCCCAUCUCACAGCCCCAGGCAUGGAGGAGCUGAUAUGGGAACAGUACACUGUGACCCUACAGAAGGAUUCCAAAAGAGGAUUUGGAAUUGCAGUGUCUGGAGGCAGAGACAACCCCCACUUUGAAAAUGGAGAAACAUCCAUAGUCAUUUCUGAUGUGCUCCCAGGAGGACCAGCUGAUGGCCUGCUUCAAGAAAAUGACAGGGUGGUCAUGGUUAAUGGCACCCCCAUGGAGGAUGUGCUCCAUUCAUUUGCAGUUCAGCAGCUGAGAAAAAGUGGGAAGAUUGCUGCCAUUGUAGUCAAGAGGCCCCGGAAGGUGCAGGUGGCGCCGCUGCAGGGCAGCCCACCCCUCAGUCAGGAUGACCGGGCUUUUGAGGCGAUGGACGACUUUGAUGGUGGAAGUUUCCGCAGCGGGUACAGCGAGAGGAGCCGGCCUAGCAGCCACGACAGGCUAAGCCACAGCUGGGAGGACGAAAGGGGCCGUCCCUACCAGCGGGCAUACAGCCGGGAGCAGGACCACAGCCGGGACCGCAGCCGCGGCCGGAGCCUGGAGCGCGGCCUGGACCAGGACUAUGGACGCGCCCGAGACCGCAGUCGUGGCCGGAGCCUGGAGCGUGGCCUGGACCACGGCUUUGGACCACCCCGGGACCGCAGCCGUGGCCGGAGCAUUGACCGGGACUACGAGCGGGCCUAUCACCAGGCUUACGAGCCCGAAGAUCGCACCUACAGCCCUCCCACUGAACACCGCCGCAGGGCGCAGCCCGAUGCCCGCUACGAGGGCUCCAGGAGCCGCAGCCGAGAGCACCUGCAUUCCCGCAGCCCCAGCCCCCAGCCCAGGGCUCGGCCAGAGCACACCGGCCAGUCAGACUCGGACAGGCCCAUUGGGGUCCUUCUGAUGAAAAGCAAACCUAACGAAGAGUAUGGUCUCCGGCUGGGGAGUCAGAUCUUCAUCAAGGAGAUGACCAGAACAGGUCUGGCAACUAAAGAUGGCAAUCUUCAUGAAGGGGACAUAAUUCUCAAGAUCAAUGGAACUGUCACUGAGAACAUGUCUUUAAUGGAUGCACGAAAAUUGAUAGAGAAGUCCAGAGGAAAACUCCAGCUCGUCGUGUUGAGAGAUAGCAAGCAGACCCUCAUCAACAUCCCCUCGCUAAAUGACAGUGACUCUGAAAUAGAAGACGUCUCAGAAAUAGAGUCAAACCGAUCAUUUUCUCCAGAAGAGAGACGCCAGCAGUAUUCUGAUUAUGAUUAUCAUUCCUCCAAUGAGAAGCUGAAGGAAAGGCCAAGUUCAAGGGAAGACACGCCCAACAGAUUGUCCAAAAUGGGCGCCACACCCACUCCAUUCAAGUCCUCUGGGGACAUUGCAGCUGCAGUUGUCACAGAAACCAACAAGGAACCCAGAUACCAAGAGGAACCGGUUCCUCAACCCAAACCAGCUCCAAGAACUUUUCUUCGUCCUAGUCCUGAAGAUGAAGCAAUAUAUGGCCCUAACACCAAAAUGGUGAAGUUCAAGAAGGGAGACAGCGUGGGCCUCCGGUUGGCUGGUGGCAACGACGUUGGGAUAUUUGUUGCUGGCAUUCAAGAGGGCACAUCUGCAGAGCAGGAAGGCCUUCAGGAGGGAGACCAGAUUCUGAAGGUGAACUCGCAGGACUUCAGAGGGCUGGUCCGGGAAGAUGCUGUACUCUACCUGUUAGAAAUCCCCAAAGGUGAAAUGGUGGUCAUUUUAGCUCAGAGCCGAGCUGAUGUCUAUAGAGACAUCCUGGCUUGUGGCAGAGGGGAUUCAUUUUUUAUAAGAAGCCACUUUGAAUGUGAGAAGGAAACUCCACAGAGCCUGGCCUUUACCAGAGGGGAGGUCUUUCGAGUGGUAGAUACCCUGUAUGACGGCAAGCUGGGUCACUGGCUGGCCGUGAGGAUCGGGAAUGAAUUGGAAAAAGGCUUGAUCCCCAACAGAAGCAGAGCUGAACAGAUGGCCAGUGUCCAGAAUGCCCAGAGAGACAAUGCUGGGGACAGGGCAGAUUUUUGGAGAAUGCGUGGCCAGAGAUCUGGGGUGAAGAAGAACCUAAGGAAGAGUCGGGAAGACUUAACAGCUGCUGUGUCUGUUAGCACCAAGUUCCCAGCUUACGAGAGGGUCUUGCUGCGAGAAGCUGGUUUCAAGAGACCUGUGGUUUUAUUCGGCCCCAUAGCAGACAUAGCAAUGGAAAAGUUGGCCAACGAGUUACCUGACUUGUUCCAAACUGCUAAAACAGAACCUAAAGAUGCAGGAUCUGAGAAAUCCAGUGGAGUAGUUCGGUUAAAUACUGUGAGGCAAAUUAUUGAGCAGGAUAAGCACGCACUGCUGGAUGUGACUCCUAAAGCAGUGGACCUGUUGAAUUAUACCCAGUGGUUCCCAAUUGUGAUAUUCUUCAAUCCAGACUCUAGACAGGGCGUCAAAGCCAUGAGACAGAGGUUGAGUCCAGCAUCCAACAAAAGUUCUCGGAAGUUAUUUGAUCAAGCCAAUAAGCUCAAGAAAACUUGUGCACAUCUUUUUACAGCUAUAAUCAACCUCAGUUCAGCCAAUGAUAGCUGGUUUGGCAGCUUGAAGGACACCAUUCAGCAUCAGCAAGGAGAAGCAGUUUGGGUCUCUGAAGGAAAGAUGGAAGGGAUGGAUGAUGACCCUGAAGACCGCAUGUCCUACUUAACCGCCAUGGGCGCGGAUUAUCUGAGUUGCGACAGCCGCCUCAUCAGUGACUUUGAAGACACAGACGGCGAAGGAGGUGCCUACACUGACAAUGAGCUGGAUGAGCCAGCUGAGGAGCCGCUGGUGUCUUCCAUCACCCGCUCCUCCGAGCCGGUGCAGCACGAGGAGAGCAUAAGGAAACCCAGUCCAGAGCCACGAGCUCAGACGAGGAGGGCUGCUAGCAGAGAUCAACUUAGGGACAGUAGCCCGCCCCCGGCAUUCAAACCUGAGCCGCCCAAGGCCAGAACCCAGAACAGGGAAGAAUCCUACGACUUCUCUAAAAACCAGGAAUACAAGUUAAACCCCUCUACCGUGGCUGGUAAUGAAAUUCCAGGGGUAUCUACCAAAGGUUGUCCUCCCCCUGUUGCAGCAAAACCUGCCUAUGGAAGAUCUAUCCUGAAGCCCUCCACUCCUGUCCCUCCCCCUGAGGGUGAGGAGGUUGGGGAGAGCAGUGAGGAGCAAGACAACACUCCCAGAUCAGUCCUGGGCAAAGUCAAAAUAUUUGAGAAGAUGGAUCACAAGGCAAGAUUGCAGAGAAUGCAAGAGCUCCAAGAAGCACAGAAUGCAAGGAUUGAAAUUGCUCAGAAGCAUCCUGAUAUCUAUGCAGUUCCAAUUAAAACGUACAAGCCAGAUGCCAGCCUGCCCCAGCACACAAGUUCCAGACCCCCUGAGCCGCAGAAGGGUCCCUCCAGACACUAUCAGGAUGCCAGAGGAAGUUAUGGCAGUGAAGCGGAGGAGGAAGAGGAGUAUCGCCAACAGCUGGCGGAGCACUCCAAGCGCGGUUACUAUGGCCAGCCUGCCCGGUACCGGGACACAGAAUUGUAGGUGUCUGUCAAAGCAAAGACUCUUCUGGGCCUGCAGCCACCUCCAACGGGCACGCCUGCGAGGCCACCGGGUUGAAUCUUUUCCAGUUAACACGCACUGUGGAGGUGUGGUGGUAACGGAGCUCCUG